CUCCUCCAAUUCUUUUGACGGCGCAACAUUUAAAACUCCAUAAAUCAUUUAAAAAAAGGCCAUCUAACUUAAAUAAUCGGUUAAAAAUGAAUUCGUAACACUAAAAGGAAGCAAGAUUUUUGUAAAUCCAAAGAAAUCAUAUACAUUACAAAUAACUUUCUAAAUCGCCAGAAAGUCAUAGCUUGAUAUAACAGAAUGGGUGGAAUCGACUUGGAUAAGCCUCGUUACGAUCAGUCCACGUAUAUGGGCCGAGCGAAACACUUCCUUAGGUUAACCAGCCCGCUCAAUGCCUUCGCAAGUGACAAGGAACUCGAUGAGGCUAAGAAGAUUGUCACUGAAUUCAGGAAGUCUCGUCGUAUGCCACCCGGGUAUGACGAAGAUAAGCUAUGGGAUACGAAAUAUUUAUACGACAGCGCUUUCCAUCCUGAUACUGGGGAGAAGAUGUUUGUAAUGGGCAGGAUGUCUGCGCAGGCGCCUAUGAACACUAUCAUCACUGGCGGUAUGAUAACAUUCUACAAGACGACGCCGGCGACGGUGUUCUGGCAGUGGUUGAAUCAGACAUUCAAUGCUCUCGUCAACUACACCAACAGAUCUGGUGAUGCACCCAUUAGUACCACCCAACUGUUGGCGUCGUACUGCGCGGCGUGCGGCGGCGCGCUCACCACGGCUCUAUUCCUCAACAGCAAAGUUAAGAAUAUGCCGCCGAUAUUCGCCCGCCUCGUCCCGUUCGCGGCGGUGUGCGGCGCCAAUUUUAUAAAUAUUCCUAUGAUGAGGAGCAACGAGUUGUUGGGCGGCACGCCUGUGUUCACGCCGUCGGGCGAACGCAUAGGAGAGUCAAAACGAGCGGCACAGCUCGGAAUAAUGCUCGUGUGUGUGUCGCGUGUUUUAAUGGCGUUGCCGGGAAUGACGUUAACACCGGUGUUAACUAACAUGGCGACGAAACGUGGAGUAUUCAGGAAGUAUCCUUGGGGAGUGAUGCCAUUCCAGCUGGUACUGGUGGGUGCGUGUGUGACCUUUGCCACGCCACUCUGCUGCGCAUUGUUCAGUCAGCAAGCGACGCUGCAAGUACAGCGACUGGAACCUCACUUACAAGAGGUAGUUGCGAAAAAACACCCCGAGGUGACCGAAGUCGUAUUCAACAAGGGCUUAUAAAAUAAUUCCGCAACUUGUAGGGUAGUUUGCUCCUGUUCCUAGAACAAAUUAUUUUGUAGGUAGUUUGAGUUUUGUUAUAGUUAGUUAAGUUAUUAGUCAGAUUAUGAACAACUUGAGAGUUUAGCCAAUUUUUUAAUAUA